AUGGCACCAUCAUUUUCAGUGGCACUGGCUAUGGCACCAUCAUGUUCAGUGGCACUGGCUAUGGCACCAUCAUGUUCAGUGGCACUGGCUAUGGCACCAUCAUGUUCAGUGGCACUGGCUAUGGCACCAUCAUGUUCAGUGGCACUGGCUAUGGCACCAUCAUGUUCAGUGGCACUGGCUAUGUCACCAUUAUGUUCAGUGGCACUGGCUAUGGCACCAUCAUGUUCAGUGGCACUGGCUAUGGCACCAUAUUGUUCAGUUCCACUGGCUAUGGCACCAUAUUGUUCAGUUCCACUGGCUAUGGCACCAUCAUGUUCAGUGGCACUGGCUAUGGCACCAUAUUGUUCAGUUCCACUGGCUAUGGCACCAUAUUGUUCAGUAGCACUGGUUAUGUCACCAUCAUUUUCAGUGGCACUGGUUCUAUCACCAUCUUACCAGCUCAGCGGCACUGACAAUGGCACUGCUUGCAGGUUCAGUUGCCCUGGCCAUGAAGCACUAUUUUACCGGUUCCGUGGCACUGGCUGUGGCACCAUCUUGCCAGUAGAGAAGCACUGGAUAUGGCACUAUCACACCGGUUAA